CGCGCGGCUUUCACAGAUCAACAAACCAUGUGCACCGAAGUUGCGCAAUAACACCCACACCCGACAGCGUCCUUGUAGCUCUGCGUUGAAGCGCAGCACCGCCUCCGUCCUCUGCUAGCUGGAAUUCCAGUUGCUCUCUGGGUGUCUUUUGGGGUCGGGUUGAAGGAGCUUUUGGAGUAGGAAAAGAGAAACUCAACACACCAUAAUGGCAGCAAUUCUCCGGUCCCUUGUGAACAAGAAGGUGUCCCUCCAGCUGGGUCGCAUGUGUUACUCGUCAUCCUCAGCGCCCACCACCAAGCUGUUCAUCGAUGGCAAGUUUGUUGAGUCCAACACCUCCGAAUGGCUCGACAUUCACAACCCUGCCACUAAUGAGGUGGUAGGACGUGUUCCCAAAGCUACCCAGGAGGAGAUGCUGGCAGCGGUGGACUCCUGCUCCAGAGCCUAUCAGUCCUGGUCCGAGACCUCCGUCCUCAGCCGGCAGCAGGUCUUCCUGCGCUACCAGCAGCUCAUCAAGGAGAACAUUAAAGAACUGUCUAAACUGAUCACCCUGGAGCAGGGCAAAACUCUUGCCGAUGCAGAGGGAGAUGUAUUCAGAGGACUUCAGGUGGUUGAGCAUACCUGCAGCAUCCCGUCCCUCAUGCUGGGGGAGACGUUGCCGUCCGUCGCCCGGGACAUAGACACUUACACCUACCGCCUGCCCAUCGGAGUGUGUGCCGGUAUCGCCCCGUUUAACUUCCCCGCCAUGAUUCCUCUGUGGAUGUUCCCCAUCGGCAUGGUGUGUGGCAACACCUACCUGAUGAAGCCCUCCGAGCGGGUCCCAGGGUGCACCAUGCUCCUGGCCAAAUUGCUCCAGGACUCCGGAGCACCAGAUGGCACACUCAACAUCAUUCACGGCCAGCAUGGAGCGGUGAACUUCAUCUGUGACCACCCGGCCGUCAAAGCCAUCAGCUUUGUGGGCUCCAACACGGCUGGAGAGCACAUCUACGAGCGGGGAUCCAAAAACGGCAAGAGGGUGCAGUCCAACAUGGGUGCCAAGAACCAUGGCGUGGUGAUGCCUGAUGCCAACAAAGAGAACACCAUCAACCAGCUCGUGGGUGCUGCCUUCGGAGCAGCUGGCCAGCGCUGUAUGGCUCUCUCCACUGCUAUUUUUGUCGGGAAGUCUCGUGAAUGGCUCCCAGAGCUGGUGGAGCGCUCCAGAUCCCUGCGUGUCAAUGCAGGUGAUCAUCCUGGGGCAGAUGUGGGUCCCCUGAUCUCUCCUGAAGCCAAGGCCAGGGUGGAGUAUUUGAUCCAGAGUGGGGUGGAUGAGGGCGCCAAGAUUCUGCUGGACGGGAGAAACGUCAAUGUCAAAGGAUAUGAAAAUGGAAACUUUGUAGGACCCACCAUACUGAGUGGUGUUGAUCCGGGCAUGAAGUGUUACAAAGAGGAGAUCUUUGGACCGGUGCUCGUCGUCCUGGAGGCUGACAAUCUUGACGAAGCCAUUUCUUUAAUCAACAGUAACCCCUACGGCAACGGCACCGCCAUCUUCACCACCAAUGGAGCCACAGCGCGCAAAUACACACAUGAGGUGGAUGUUGGCCAGAUUGGCGUGAACGUGCCCAUCCCCGUCCCCCUCCCCAUGUUCUCCUUCACUGGCUCCAGAGGCUCCUUCAGAGGAGACACCAACUUCUACGGCAAGCAGGGCAUCCAGUUCUACACUCAGAUCAAGACUGUGACCUCACAGUGGAAGGCUGAGGACUCCACUCUGACGGGCCCAGCGGUGACCAUGCCCACCAUGGGACGCUAAGCUGACGGCACAUCCAGCGUAACUUUGAGAGACGUCUCAUAUGCCUUAAGAUGAAGACCAUGGAGGGAAAUGGGGGGAAAACAGGCUACAUGUCCUUUUGUUUUUUAGAUAUAUUCACACUGGGGGUUAUUAGUUGGUGUUUUUUUAAACUUCAUCCAUCCUUAACAAUGUUGUUGCACAAACAAAUGCAAAUUUCACCUCAUUUGGAGACGCGGGAGAUGAACUGGACUGAUGCAAUGAAUGGCGCCGUGAGUCUCUUGAUGGGUUUGUUGUGUUUUGUACCCGUUAAUCACGCUCUGUUAUUUUCAUGAUCAGUACUAUACUCUGGUGUCACGUUUCUUUAAACCUGCAGUAGAAUUCAAAAGGAUCAGGGAUUCUGCCUUUUUGAAGCAAUGACCCCAAAUGUCUUCCACCAUUAUCCUGUGUUUUUUUCAGCUUGUUCUGUUUGUCAGAGCAUUGUGUAGAUACUUGGAAAGAAGAUGUAAAUGGAGCAAAUGCUACAUGAGAACAAAAGAGUACACCGGUUCUCUGUUCUUCUGUUAAAUCUGAAAUAAUGGCUGUAGUUCUUGUACCUCUAAAUGUAUUGUAUCCUACUGUCCAGGACUAACAUGUGGUGUCUGUAUGUCAGAGAGAGGUUCAAAGGUUUUGUACUGCAUUGUUGGGAGAGAUCUUUUUAUUCUGAUCAUGGAUGGUGUAAAAGGUAAAUUGCUGUGUUUUACAUGACAUCUGACAUUCUCUAUAAACUAUUAUAAUGAAACCGUA